AUCCUCUCUUUAAUUAAUUCAAUUCCUCUUCUAUCUCUUGAUUGAUCCUACUUCCCUUUAAGCCACCACCUUAUAAUGGUUAUGCCUCUUCUCAUUCUAGCUUUCUUCAUGCUCAUUGGUUCUUCCUCGACCAAUGCUCAGUCCAAUCCACCUUCGACCGGUUUUUAUCCUAGUUCAAAAAUUAACACCAUACCCUUCAAUCAAGCUUAUAGAAGCCUCUGGGGAUCACAGCACCAGAGGUUUGACCAGAACUCGCUGGUCCUUUGGCUCGAUAGCUCUUCAGGAAGUGGGUUCAAGUCGCUUAAAUCUUAUAAAUCUGGAUACUUUGGGACCGCAGUGAAGCUCCACCCUGGCUACACCGCUGGAGUUAUAACCUCAUUUUACCUUUCGAAUGCCGAGGAUCAUCCGGGGAACCAUGAUGAAGUCGAUAUCGAGUUUCUGGGAACGACACCUGGGAAACCAUACACGCUACAGACGAACGUGUACAUUAGAGGGAGUGGUGACGGAAAGAUCAUCGGACGAGAAGAGAAGAUUCACCUGUGGUUCGAUCCGACUAAAGAUUUUCAUAACUAUGCUAUCCUUUGGAGCACCAUUGAGAUCAUAUUCUUUGUAGAUGAUGUGCCAAUUAGAAGAUACCCAAGGAAAAGCGAUAAUACGUUUCCAUUAAGGCCAAUGUACGUAUACGGGUCUAUAUGGGAUGCAUCUUCAUGGGCUACAGAAAAUGGCAGAUAUAAAGCCGACUAUAGGUACCAACCCUUUUAUGGUCGGUAUAACAAUUUCAAGCUAAGCGGUUGUGAUGCCAACUCCCCAUCUUGGUGCAGACCACCGUCUAGUUCACCGGCUAGGACAGGUGGUCUAAGCCGUCAGCAACUUGCGGCAAUGCUUUGGGUUCGAAGGAACUUUAAGGUGUAUGACUACUGUAGGGAUCCAAUGAGAGACCAUACUCAAACACCAGAGUGCUGAAAAUAUGUUUGAUUUCAAAGAAAAUAGAGGUUUGAGAUGUAUCUUGAUGCUUUAUGUGCAAAGAGUAGUUAAGCGUCCAAGCCUUUAUUAAUAUUGAAUUUCUGUUUAUAUUUUGUGUGUAUUUUGAGUGAAUUAUUGUGAGUGCUUGUAU